AUGCCUUUCGACUACGAAGCCUACGACGCAAAGUGCGCCGCCAUGGACAUGGACCAGCUCCAACGAGAGUGGAACCACUACACCCGCUUGAUCGCCGGCGGUAACAUGACAACCGCUAUGUCAACAGCCGCCUCGAUCCCAACGGGUGGCGUCAGCAGCAUAGGCAUCGUCCACGCGGCUCCCGCCAUAUACAACGCCCGCAAGAAGCGCGAAAUCAUCGAUAAGCACUUUGCUCGGCUCGGCGCUACGCACUCGACCCUUUCCUCUCAGAGCAUAGAAAGUGUGAUGACGGAGGCGGCUUUCGAUGUGGAUAAUUUCGAGCCUCAAAUUCGGAUGGCUCAUUACGAUAUCAUUGGACCUGAGGGAGAAAUAAGGCCUCCGGCUCGGGAUGCGAUCAAAGGCCCGUCCGUUGAUAAUGUUGCAGCCAAACCGUCCGAGAAGGCGAACACAAAAGAUGACAACGUGAGGGGAAGCUCCCAAUGCAGCAGUAACACCAAACCGAAAAGCUCGCACGACGAGGCGUCACUCAAACCACCAAGCGAGCCACAAGCAUCACAGCAACCCGUGCACAGUGCCGCAGGGAAUGAGUGGGCCGUCACCAUGAAUGCUCUGAAUGCAGAUUCACCCGGAUAUCAAUCGUCGCCGACUCAAACUCGCCAGUGGAGCCGGGACUGGGACAACCCAGGCAGUAAUGACGACAAUCACAGCCGAAGUGAUGAUGGUGACAUUACCAGCCUACAGUCGUCGCUGUUCGAUAGGGAGUCGAAGGAGGCAUUCACCACGUCCUCGGCAUUCCAGACGUCAACGCUCGAUUCUGCGGCUAAGAUCCAGCAAUUCGGCGUUGACGGCGAUUUGACAGAGGCAGAGAACGAGAAUAGAUGGGAGACCGCCACGAUAUAUUCCACGACCACCCACGACGGCAACUCACAGCCGCAGUACAUUUUCAUGUUUGCAAAUCAACUUGUCCAGGACGCGGCUGGACACGCUGACCGGUCUCCAUUUCUGGAUGUUUCACCAGGGAAGCUUGACGAGCUCUUGCAGGCAUUUAGCUGGUUUCUCCAUGGGGAGUCAGACAAUCCAUUUCAAUGGGAGGUAUCGGUCAUUUUGAAUCGAAUGCGAAGGGAGAUUCGAAGCCAGUGCGGGUCUGAUCACUUGAGUGCUGACGGUGAAGAUGCUUUCCCGGGCGACAACGAUGAUGCAGACGAAGAUGAACGCGAGCGACGCGAUCCACACCGCAAAUCAAGAACGCUGGUUCAGGACUGGGUGAACGGCGUCGACCCAACAUCCGAACAUGAGAUGGCACAGUACUUGAAAUACGAGCAUUUUGUCAAAAGCUCAAAGUCAUACAAUUGGCUGAUCAAGAAAAUCCAGACAUACUCGUCGCUGAACAGAGACAGGUGCCACGCGAUGGAGGAUUUGAGGCAGGGCGUACAGAAUCUCUUUGUCCAAAGAGACUCAUCGAGGAUAAUGAGCCGCUCAAGACCUGCGACAGGUGUCGAGCUAUCCAUCACUCUCCACGACUGGGAUAUUGUGGCGUACCUCAAAUCUUGUUCCAAGUCUAAACCCCACGUCAAGGAUCUGGACAGCCUUCUCUGCCUGACAGGAUCACCGGAUGAGGCUCAGCUUACACUAGUCACGGAGUAUUUCUCCCAGACUUGGCCAGAAACUUAUCAGCCUGUGCUGCUGCUUCUGAAAGAACUGGUCCAUGGCGACCUGGACACUGAAUACUGCUGGUUCACUUUAUGGCAUUUCUUGUUCACAGAGCACGAGGAUGAACGGAUAGCAUAUGAUGAUUCGAGGAUUCCAGAUAUGAAUCGCGACAUCUCUAUUAAUCUCCGACAGCUCGAGAACUCUCGCCACAUUGUCGGAUGGUGCGACAAGGCGGCAGACCUCUGCGAGGCUGGAGCAGAUGUUGUGCUUGGCGCCAAUAUGCAGAUCAACAAGAAGGUCCCGCCCGUACGCUUGACCCGCACACAGACGUACCCUCGCCUACUCUCAUGGGUAGCAACGCAAUCUAUCAUCUUCCAUGAUGUUCAAGCCGAUCGGGCAUGGCUUAUCGAUGGAGCUUCGGCACUUCUACAUAUUGUCCGCGCCUCGCUACACAGGAGUAUGAAAGACGACGAUUCCCCUUACGACUGGCUUUUCGACACCACACAGCUUCAAGAGACUCCUGAAAACCGUAGUGGACGACAGGCAGCCAUAGGCACCCUCAAGAAAGCGGCUCAUUUAGAUUUGCCACUAUAUCGACUGCGAAGAAAGUCUACGGGACAGGGCAGCGGUCCAGAAUACUUCACAUUCGGUGAUUUGGUCGAAGAAGUCCUCCAUACACUCGAACUACUUAUCGACGCGCACAGUCAGCUGUUACGGGGUGGUGACGGAUAUGAGAUUCCGAAGACGCUUGAUCAACGGAGGAGAAUCACCGGCUUUGAUUUAAUCGACAUCAUCGAUCCGCCUGGCUCCCUCAUCACUCCUCGGGCGAAGUCCAUCAACGACCUGGGAGACGGUUGGUGUGAUUUGGCUCAGUCUCUGAGAAGUCUCGUCAUCUUUGGACGUGGCUUCGGAGAACUCAUCAAGCCGGACGGCGAACGAGGCGUAGUGUGCUCGUUGUGGUCCUCUCUGCCGUCCAAUAUGGACUAUCUCGGAGCUUCGACGUCGACCCUACAAAUGCUCUACCAGAAACAACUCCUCAGAGAUCAACCCACCCUCAAAGUGGGACAACUAAGCAAGAGUCUUACAUGGGUGUCUAGACCUCUUCCUGAGAAUGGCUGCUCGUGCGACAGUGCGGGGAACUCGGAUCUCGCGCGACCUGCAUGCUCUUUCCAUCCCGUGCAGUCACUGGUCCGUGGUUCAUUGUUGCAGAAGCUCGGCAUACGCAGCUAUCAGACUCCUAUCGAUGUUAUGGCACUCGACGGACGUGGCGCUAUGAUAUUUGAGCAUCGUGUCAGUCUGCAUCGUUUACUGGUCAGAGGCGACUCUCUGGCAGGUCCCGGAGAGCGGCCAAGCGAAGACGAAACGACAUUGGAUUCCUCGCUUAGAUCUCUAGAAGAUGCAUCUGGAAACUCGGAGCUUCAGGACUCGCAGACGACUGUGCUGAGCACACCUCGAACAUCGAUCUCCGGAUCGGGCCUGGUCACAAGGCCUCAAGAUCAAGCUGGCGCGUCGAGCAUAGGAACACGAUCUACCAGACUUACCACGAAAAUGCGAAUCAAGAAUAUGUUCCGGAGGGAUAGGACGUAGCCUUUCUUCAACUCCGAGAUGCCCUAGAUCGAUGCAAACUCAGGUCAAGAAACAGAUAGAGUAAAUCAUGUAAACUCGCCUCGAGACAGACUUUCGAUUCUUAUAUUUCUUUUUGU